AUGGCCAAGCACAACCACCACAACAAUCACACACCCCGCCUCCACCGAGUCGGAAAAUGGAUGCCCCCCAGCACAAGCGACCACCACGCCUGGCUCGGCGGCGUAAUCGCCCACGUCGACUCACCCAACCACCAAAAACCCCUCCACCCAGUGCUUCGCGACUUCCAAUCCCUAAUCGCCAAAAACACCCGAAUCCACAUGCUCCUGCACUCGAUGUUCGACGAGAUCCCCACAAACAGAACCUACACGACAGACCCCACGGGCUGUCCCCAGAUCCGCGACCCAGAACACCUGCUCCAGGUGCUUAACUACCUCCUCACGACGGCGCCGUCAUGGAACGACCUCUCGAAGCGCGUCGGGCUAGUCGGGUUACCGAUUAACGCGGUGCUGGAUUGGCCGAUGGGGACCGGGAGCGGGUAUGCGGCGUUUUUGGACCCCGAGGUCAACGCCAUGAUUAAGCGGGUGCUGGACGCUUGGGGAGAGUUUUUGAGCUCGAGGGAGAGUGCAAAGGUGCUCGAUCAGUCCGAGACGGGGUGGUUGGGACCUACCGGGAAGGAGUGGUUGGAGAAGGUGGCGAAUCAGGGGAGGGAGGAUGGGUUGGGGUUCGAGGAGUUGUAUAUCUGUGAUCCCUGGAAGGAGUAUCACGGGUUCAACUCGUGGGAUGACUUCUUCACGAGACGGUUCAGAGAAGGGGUUAGGCCUGUUGCGGAGCCAGAGGAUGAUGAUGUCCUGGUGAAUGCGUGCGAGUCGCAGCCGUACAAGCUGGUGAAAGGGGCUAAGGCGAGGGAUCGGUUCUGGAUCAAGGAACAGCCAUAUUCGAUUGAUGAUAUGUUGGCGCAUGAUGAGCUGGCGGAAAGGUUUGCUGGUGGCACGGUCUAUCAGGCGUUCUUGAGUGCGCUGAGCUAUCAUCGUUGGCACGCCCCCGUGAGCGGACGGAUUGUGAAAGCGUACGUCGUUCCAGGGACGUACUAUUCUGAGCCUCUGUUCGAGGGACUGGGAGAUCCGAAUGCGACGGCCCAGGCGAGCAACGAGAUUGAUCCGUCCGGCGAGGUGACGGCGCAGGAGUACCUGACGGCAACGGCGACGCGGGCGGUGAUCUUCAUCGAAAGUGACAACCCGAAGAUCGGGUUGAUGGCAUUCCUCGGGGUCGGGAUGUGCGAAGUGUCGACGUGCGAUGUCAGGGUCAAGGAGGGGCAGCAUAUCACAAAGGGGGACGAGAUUGGGAUGUUUCAUUUCGGCGGGUCGACCCAUUGCUUGCUGUUCAGACCAGGAGUGAACGUGGAUGGAUUUCCUGACACGAAGAUGGAGGAGAAUGUGCCGGUCAAGAGUCGUUUGGCUGUCGUGCACUGA